ACGUUUAGGGGGGCUUCUCGCUGUAAUUACAGGCCGAGUUCACAUUUAAAGUUUGUGUUUAACUUUAAACACGUGCCUUCAAAAUGAAAUUGAGAGUUGUUACGAUCACAUUAGCUUGUUUUGACUAGUUUCAAGUGUGUCAAUCUUCUGUGCCACGACCGAAGCGUAAAAGAGGAACGCUCGCGUGGAGAUCUCCCAACUUGAAAGCUGACGUUUCAGCUAACCGACGUGCCGUUCACCUUUGCGCGAGAGAGCCAUUGCAAAACGAGUCACUGAACUAUUACUUUGGUUAACCGCAAUAGUACACACCUGAGUAAUUAUUAUCCAAGACAGGUACGACUAUUGUGAACUAAUAGUAAAUUCGUCAUAUGAUACAAGCCAUCAAAUAGAAACACCACGUUGUUUUUGUAGCUACACAUUUCAGCUGUCAAAAUUGGUUAUCGUUGCUCACUGCUGACCUCUACGAUGCAAUGUUUGCUGACUAGUUAGUUAAGUUAACUAACGGUAGAUGAUGGAAACCAGCUCAAGUCCAACCCUGCCUGAUGAAGAUGGAGCUGAGGAGACUGGACUAGAGAUUGUGAACCCAGAGUCCUACAUCAAACACCCCCUCCAGAACAGAUGGUCCCUGUGGUUCUUCAAGAACGACAAGAGCAAAACAUGGCAGGCCAACCUGCGACUCAUCUCUAAAUUUGACACGGUGGAAGAUUUCUGGGCACUCUACAACCAUAUCCAAUUGUCAAGCAACCUCAUGUCAGGCUGUGAUUACUCCCUUUUCAAGGAUGGUAUCGAACCGAUGUGGGAGGACGAGAGGAACAAGCGCGGCGGACGCUGGCUGAUAACGCUCAACAAGCAGCAGAGGAGACAAGACCUGGACCGCUUCUGGCUGGAAACUCUCCUGUGCUUAGUCGGAGAGGCCUUCGGCGACUACAGCGAUCAGGUCUGCGGCGCGGUGGUCAACAUCCGCGCGAAAGGAGAUAAAAUAGCCGUGUGGACAUCCGACUACGACAACCGGGACGCUAUAACACACAUAGGGAGCGUUUACAAGGAGCGCCUGGGGCUUCCACAGAAGAUGACUAUUGGCUACCAGUCUCACUCAGACACGGCUACCAAAAGCGGUUCAACCACCAAGAACAAAUUUGUGGUUUGAGAAAUGCCCGACGUGCCUUCUGUUUUCAUUUCCUUGUCUUAUUUGUUAUUGGUUCAAAUGUUUACUUUGCUGCAAAGACUCUGCGGAAUGCAAUCUGGAAGAGGAAGAAAAACAACUGUCAAAAGUUUCCAUAACCUGCCCAGGAUUUGAACCACUUGAAAAAAACUAACAUGGACAAACGGAUGAACAGGAAUCUUCCAAAACACUAACAAUGAGAGGUUUAAAUAAUGAUGGGUGAUUUAGUGUGCUGCAUACUUUACUACUUUACUAAAAAAAAAAUUUAAAAAAGAAUUACAUAUAUAUUAUAUAAAUAUAAAUAAAUAUUCUCUCCCAUUUACUACAGCACCGUUGGUUUGCGGUAACCCUAAAUGACAUGAAACUCUUUUAAUUUAUUUUUUGAUUUACCUGCAUACGAUUAGUUAGACCUUUUUGUUUUUUGCUUCUUUUUUUUUGCCAGGAACUGUUUCACGUAAUCGCCCUUUGAAAAGUACUUCAUGACUCAUAUUCAUUUGAGUGUUAAUAUAAUUAAAACAUUGGUUUUGCAA